AUGUCAAUUCUGUGUGGCAUCCCGCUUCUCGAGUGUGUAUACUGCUUAGCGUGUGCACGGUGGGCAUGGAAAAGGUGUCUAUACACUGCAGGUCAUGACAGCGAGACAUGGGACCUUGCCACGGCUGAAGAGUUUGAACCUGUCCCAAGGCUCUGCCGAUACAUACUGGCUGUUUACGAGGAUGAUCUAAGACACCCUCUUUGGGAGCCUCCUCAAGGGUAUGGAAUAAAUCCAGACUGGUUAAUUAUGAAAAAAAAUUACGAGGAUACACACGGACAAGCACCCCCAUACUUGUUGUAUCUUGAUCAUGAUCAUGCCGAUAUAGUUCUUGCUAUUAGAGGGCUUAAUAUGGCCAAGGAAAGUGAUUAUGCCCUUUUGCUUGAUAAUAAGAAAAGGAAAUUUGAUGAGGGGUAUGUUCACAAUGGGCUGUUGAAAGCAGCUGCGUGCGUGUUCAACGCUGAGUAUGACAUUCUGAAGGAACUCUUGGAAAAAUAUCCGAAUUAUACAUUGACUUUUACAGGACAUUCCUUAGGAUCAGGCGUGGCUGCAAUAUUGACUAUGCUGGUGGUGCAAAAUCGUCACAUGUUGGGGAAUAUUGACCAAAAGAGAAUAAGGUGUUUUGCUAUUGCACCUGCCAGGUGUAUGUCGCUUAAUUUGGCUGUGAAAUAUGCUGAUGUCAUCAAUUCUGUUGUGCUUCAGGAUGAUUUCUUGCCCCGAACGGCGACCCCCUUGGAGGACAUCUUCAAGUCACUUUUCUGUUUGCCAUGCUUGCUGUGCCUAAGGUGCAUGAUGGAUACUUGCAUACCAGAGACGAAGAAGCUCAAUGAUCCAAGAAGGUUAUAUUCCCCUGGUCGCCUUUAUCACAUUGUUGAGCGCAAACCUUUCAGAUGCGGAAGAUUCCCUCCAGUUGUGAGGACAGCGGUUCCGGUGGAUGGAAGAUUUGAGCAUAUAGUUCUCUCUUGUAAUGCCACUUCUGACCAUGCCAUCAUUUGGAUAGAGAGAGAAGCCGAAAGGGCUCUUGAACUGAUGCGGGAGAAAGAUGAUAGUCUACAGGUUCCACCAGAACAGAGGAUGGAACGACUGGAAUCGUUAGCCAGAGAUCACGGUGAACAGCACAAUGCUGCUUUACGGAGGGCUGUUUCAUUGGCCAUUCCUCACGCCUUUUCACCUACUCAAUACGGAACAUUUGACCAAGACGCAGAGAAUUCUGGGAUAUCAUCUUGCGAUUCUUUGGCAGGAUCAUCCAUAAAACACAAGAACAAGGAGAGCUGGGAUGAACCGUUCCAAAUUUUUUUUGAGAAAGAUGAGUCUGGUCUCUCUUCUUCUGAAGACACCACUUAUUGUUGA